AUGAAAGAGAUAAAAAUAGUUUUAUUAUUCUUAACACUGAUUGUGUUGCCUUCUGCACUCUCAGUGUUUGUUAUUGACAGUCAUGUCUAUAAAGAAGGUUUCAGGAUAUCUAUUCAACUACCGCCACAAUACGCUUUUGAUCCGACUAAAUUCAAGGUGACAGUAACAGACACCACCGAUGUUAAAGACUGUCAAUAUGUUGGUGUGGUAGGUAGCGGUGAUACAGUUGUCUAUCAGAUACCGGAUCUAAGACAAGCGGUUGUCGACACUAAUGGCGAUGGUCUACCAGAUCGACCACUGAAAAGAACCAAGUCAAAUACCAUCGAUAAGAAAUACUCUUUGGUUAUACUUGAUCAAGCAACUACCAAUCCUUCACAAUCAUUCGAUUUAGAGUAUAUCACACCAUCUGUAACUGCAUUACCUAAUAAUAUAAUAUUAGAAGGAAUGAAAUCAUUCAAAUUUAUUGGGUUGGAUCUUUUCUAUCCAAAUUUCGCACCUAAAAUCACUAUUAUAGAUAUGAUCGAUCCAAAUAAGUUGUACGAUUGUUUUGUAACGCAAAGAGUAUCAAAAGAUGAAAUUCAAUGUGAUUCUUCUCUUCAAACUAUUCCACUUGGUGACUAUACAGUAAACUUUGAAUAUCCUGGUUCAUCUAUUAAACUAAAAUCUCUACUUAAAAUAUUUAAUCUAGGUCAGACCAAAUCGGUAGACUGUAAAGUUCAACAAUUAACAGGUGACAAUGAAAUUAAAUGUUCAUUAGACACUCCAGCCGAGUUUGAAGAUGGUGUAGUAAAUGCUAUUGUCACUAUAAACGGAAAUACUCUAACAGAGUUUCAGCAAUUUAAAUUCUUUGUUCCAAAGUUUAAAGAUUCUAUGGUAUCUGAAUUCAUCGGCGAUAUGACAGGAGGUGAAAUGUUUGAGAUAGAAGGAACUAAUCUUGAUCCUUCUGGUACCGUUUACUUUGAGACUCUAAACACUCAAGUUAAAUGUAUAUUCAAGAAAGCAGUACCACAACAAACAGAUUUCGAUAGUUAUGAAUGCUUUGCGCCUACAUUCUUCCCGACAACAGAUCCUGCUCUAUGGUUAUAUUCUAUCAAAGCAAAGAUGUAUGGAAGAGAUUAUACUACUGUUUAUACUUUUCAAUAUAAUUAUCCAAAGAUUGAUAAUACACAAACUUCAAUGCCUAUAAUCAACAAAGGAAGUUCAAUCGUAACAAUUAAAGGAGAUCAUUUGACAAUGGUUAACAAAGUAGAUUUGAAUGGCAUUACUAUCAAUCCAAAUGACUACCAAACAACUGCAAACUCGAUUAACAUUGAAAUUGAUUCCCAAGCACUAUCCGUUACUAAAACAAUCAAAUUCUUUGUUGAAAAGGUUCAAAUUGGUGCCGCCACUCCUCUUUUAUUUGAAGUAGUACAAAAUAUAGAUUUUAAAUUAGUUUCACCAAGUAUCAAAGCUAGAGAUGACAAAUCACUUUCAAUAUACUUUCUCGAUGAUCCAACCACCAAAUCUAUUUUAUUUGAUCUCAUUGAUUUCCCAGAGAAUCAAGACUAUUCCAUUAUGUUGGGAGAUGACGAGUUAAAGUGCGAACCAGAUACCAAUAUAUCACCAACUCCGAUCAAAUGCAAUGGAAUCAAGCCAACCACUGAAUUGACACUCCCUAAAGAAUAUCCAUUUAAGAUUGUAUUUGAUCCAACCAAUGUCAAACCAAACUUUAUAAAAGUGUUUGACACUUUACUAAAAUUUAAAUAUAUUGGAUAUCUAAGAUUGGUUAAUGGAGAAAGAUUGGAUGCUGCCAAUUCAAUUUCCAUUGGAGAAUCAAUGAUACCCAUUGAUAAUGUUCUCACAAUCAAGAGAGUAAAUUCUCCAGAUCUUUUUGUCACAGGAAGAGUCUUAAGUAACAACGCUCAAUCUCUAAAGAUGCUAAUAGACCGCAACACUGUCCAAUACUCUGACGAUCUCUUUAUUAUUUCUAUGGUUGGUCUAUAUCAGAGUCAUACUCCAACUACAGUUACAUUCUUUGAUAUCGAUUUGACUACAGAUGAAGUUCUUCCAACCACAACAACAAUUAGAGGUAUAUUUAUAAGUCAAAAGGAUCAUCUCGGUACUAUAUUGGUUGAAGGUGAUUACGAUUACAAUUCAAUGUUACUCACUGUUGAUACCGUUACCUACGAUAUAAGUUUAAUCAAGCAAGUUAAAUCGGUUUAUUCAAUAUCUUUGAGCACUGUUGGUUUGGACCCACCUACAAACAACUAUCCAACAAAUCCACCAAGAGCUAUGAUUGAGAUUGAGUUGUUUGGAGUCACCUAUCUCAACAACGUUGUUCAAUUCCCAACAGACAGAUCAUUCAUACUCCAAGUUGAUUUUGACAACAUCAAAGAAAGUGGUUGUUUAUUGGUAACACCCGUUGGAAAUAAACAAUCAAUUGCCUGUGCACUUCCGCCACCAAACUCCAAAGAUUUGGAAAUAAGACCAUUGAAAUAUUUAAUUGGACAAAAAACAAUCACCACUGAUAUAUCUAUUGAAUUUAAAGUUCCUAGAAUCAUAAGUGCAACUCCAUUAUUUGGAUCGAAAUAUAAUGAUGAUUUAUUAACAAUCACUUAUACCAAAGGAGAUAUUCAAUUCAUUGAAAUUCGACUCAUUAAAUUAUCUGGUGUUACCAUCGUUCUACAAUCUUGUACUGUUGAAACAGCAGUACCUGGAACUACUAAUCAAUUCCAAAUGACCUGUACAAAGCCACUUGGAAGAGAUAGCGGAAACUAUUUGAUUCAAGUUAUCGAUAAACAAACAAAAAUGAUUUACUCCUUAGAGAGAAUCUAUUUUAAUAACUAUGGUAUUUCUUGUUUGGGACAAGCAGAUGGACCAGUAAAUCAGUAUAAUAACAAACCAGUUUCAUGGUGGUUCACCUAUAAGCUAGGAAAAAGAGGUACUUUUGAUCAAAAUGAUUAUAAUAGUUAUCUCUAUAUGGAUGAAUCAACUGAUUCAAUUGUAAUGAAAGAGCAUCUGACUCCGAUUAGUAAGAAAUAUGGAGGUGUUCAACAACAAUUCGACAGAAAUCAAAAACUAUCUCCACUUGCAGCUACUUUUAAACAAUUGGAUGCAACCAACACCUAUUAUUAUUUCUGGAAUGAUCAAUAUGGUGCAAGAGACUCAGAUGGUGCCCGUGGUAAUGAGAAAUCAGCAGAUAAUUAUGCACAUGCUAAAGAUGGUGUUGCCAAAGGAAUUCACGUAACUCACUCUAAUCCAGUCUUUCCAUCUCUGAAUGGAAGAUUCUAUGACCAUUUUGCCGCUGCUCCAUCCUAUCCAUCGAAAUGGCUUGGUAAAGCUGACAACGGACAAAAUUUCUUUUGUUAUAACUUUGAAGAUCUCGGCAGUGUUGUUGACGAUAUGGUCAAAACCGGUGUAUUCUUGUUGGAUCCAGUCGAUGGAAAUAGAGUACCAGACAAUACUAUAAUGUGUCGUGGAAAUAUUCCUUGUGUCGAUCUCUACAGACUUGGCAACAGACUUUCUAUACUUUCAAGAUAUCAAACCUAUAUUGAUGGAUGUACAAAUAGAAUUAGAGAUAUAUAUGAUAGAAGACUGGAUGAAAUAGCAAGAGCAGUCAAUGACCAAUCUUUUAUUAAUAAAUUAAUUGGCAAUCGAUUGACACUUGCUCAGAUACGAACAUUGAAUAUCAAUCAUCCACCUCAACGAUACCAAAAUUUGGAAAAUCAUUGCUAUUGGAUGUCGGAGAGUAAAAUCAAAGGAAUUCAAAGACCAUCAAUUACCAAAACACUAAAGUCAUUCCCAAAACCAAAUAUCAAUAUUCCCAACGAUAUCAGAGAUAAUGUGUUUGCAAUCGAAUCUGGCAAUGACUACACAUUAGCUAAUCCAUUGAUUCCAUGGGAGAUAGUAAACAAAGUCGGGCAUUUAAAAUAUGAUGGUGUUGAUAUUUUUGAAGUGAUUGCAACACUCUAUUACAAAAGAAAAUUCUUUGUACAAACAUGGAACACUGGUUCCUCACAAUUGCCAGUUUAUCAAGUUUUACCAUUAAAUCAAAUCACUCAUCUUCAGUUCAAUGAUGAUUUAAUGAGACGAAGAGAUUCUCAAAAUAAUUUGUUGGGAACAAGUUGGCCUAGACCAUCAUAUUCUGGAGCAGGACAAGAUCACUCGAAAUUUAUGAUUGAUGCUUUCCCAUAUGAAGUUGAAAAUGCUGCCAUUUGUUUUGGAGAUGGAAAUCGUCACAAUAAACAGCCUGAGAGAGGUGGUGGUGCAGUAUGUUUCGAAGAUGAUCAAUUGGUUCGCCAACUCUUUAGUUUUAUUCGAGGUUAUUCGAUCAAAACUCAUGGAAAUGAAGAAAUUAAUAAAUACAAAGAUGGAAGAAUCUUUAGUCAUUUGGUCGACCAGAAUAUUCGAAUAGAUGUCCGCAACUUUAUUGGAGAUGUGAAGCUUGCCGUAAAAAGAGGAAAUGGACAUCCUUUCAUUCCUGAAGUGCCGAUUACUAGACACAUAAUAAACGGUCCAGUCAACACAAUGAAACAGAUCGACACCCAAAUCCGAGUGGUAAGAACAAUAUCUCCAUUUCCAAACGAUGCAGCUUCUCCAAAUCUAGAAGAGGUAUCUGUACUCAAACCGUACGUCGCUCAGUACCUUUGGACGCCUGUUGUACCACCUGCAUCGGAACCACCAGGUAGAAAAUCAGUAAAAACAUACGCUGAAGCUACACAUAUGACACUUGAAUAUCUUUCAAUGGAUCCAGUUGGAUUGACAAUCAAUUCAAUUGAUUCACUUCAAUUGUGUGGCAACGAUCUUACCUCUGCAAUAGAUAACCAAAUGAGACAGUGUCUUGAUGAUAAUCCCAUAUCAACAAGAAUCACUUACAACGGGGUCAAUCCAACUUUUGCCAAUGAUAAUCAAAUUGUGCUUGCUCAUCAACAGUAUUUUACGGCUAGUGACAGUAGAUCCUAUAUCUUGGAUUCAACAACCAACUAUGAAUUUGGAAUCACUUCAUUCAUUCCUAAAUUCAAAAGUACUAUAGCAGAUGUAACUUCAAGAUUCAAUAUAAUCAUUGAUUCAAGCAUAGUUCCAAUUUCACAAUACAACUAUCCGUUUAUCUACUACAAACAAACUGUUUCGAUCCAAAAAGAUAUUACAUUGGUCUAUUUUCUCUUGACUCAAAAGAUUAUGAAUCAUGAGAAAUACACAACCAUCUCAAAAAACAACGACCAAUGGGGAAAUGCAGUGAUCAUGGUUAUUUCAAAGUUUGUUCAUACCCUAAUCAACAAUCCAAUGAACCCAAUACCAUCACCUGAUUUUUCAUCAUUUUCAUUGAUAGUACCAAUAACUACAAUAAAUGAUAUCAGUAUUAAACCUAAUGACAAUGAUAAUGAUUUUACAAAAGUUGCUUAUUUAAUUUGGAAAUUAAUGACCCAACAAGUAAAUCCAUUAUCUUUUUCUGAUAUUUUGGCAGAUCUUGAUCUCUUUAAAUCAACAACUACUGUUGAUUUAUAUGAGAGAUACAAACCAAAGAUCAAUCCACCAGAUCCAAAUAUCGAGAAACUAUUCAAGCCAGCACCAGCUAUAGGAGUGACUGGUACUCGUUCUUCCAAACUUGGAGCACAAAUCAAACAAGCAACAUCUUCUCAACUUGCCGCACUAUUAGAAUCUACUCUGAUCGAUCCAAAGGAUAUUUUCGAUUUGGAUUCUCACGAAACUAAACAGCUCUCGGAUUCAUUGGAUAUGUGGGCAGAAAAUAGAAUGAUUUCAAGCCUUUUUGGAUCAUCACAUUCAAAUGAAAUCAAAUAUCUUGAUGAAUUUUACAGAGUGUCAUUGAAAAAUGGUCUUUGUCCACAUUAUUCAAUCAAUAGUAUCACGCACUAUCAAAUUUGUAGAGCAAUGUCAAUCGUAGAAUUCACCAACAUCAUCAGAUAUACACAACAGUCAUUGAAAUCAGUGAAAUAUUCAUUUGGUGAAUUGGAAUAUUCCUUUUCACCAAUGUCAAUAAAUUUCAAAUCAAUCUUUUUGGACACCAAUUCUUUUGAUGGAAUAUUGAUUGCAUCCAUCAAUUCAAAGCUCUGUGAUAUCAAACUUAUCAGACAAUCACAACUUAGGAAUAUUGAAUCAAUAGAUAUUUGUAAAAUUCCAGUUAUCAAUAAUAUUAUUCCAAGCAACACCAGCAAUAAUAAUUUAAUAACAAUCAAUGGAUUUAACUUCUAUCCAACAACACAAAUCUCUAUUUCCUCAGAAUAUCAAUGUUUAUCACAACAAUUCCUAAACAGUACAAAUAUUGUUUGUGAAAUGCCAGAUCUAAUGGAUAACAACAAUAUUGUUGUUAGAGUUGAUAAUGUUGUCAAUGACCAAUCAUCGUUCUAUGUCACAAACAAAUGCCCGAUCAUCAAUGAUAUUGUGAUUCAGACUACCGACGAAUUGCUUUCAUCUUUGGGUGGUGACAUUAUUGAAAUCAAAGGAAAUUAUUUUGGAAAUUCUUUGUUGAAUACCCAGGUUUUCUUUGAACAUCAACAAUGUUUCAUCAUAAAAAUUGAAGAUACAUCCAUUCAGUGUGUUACACCACCACAUUUUGGUAUAAAUAUUCCAAUUCGCAUUAAAACAAGAAAUUGUCCAAACAUUCAAUCAAAUGAUCAAAGAAUAUCGUUCUCCAAUCCAACUAUUAGUACUGGUCAAUCCAUUGACUCGUUCAAAUUCCCUGGUGAUUCAAUUUUGUUAAGUGGAUCGUUUGGUUCAUCUCCUCAGUUAUACUUGGAAGAGAAACUAUAUUCAUUUGAACUUAUCAACGCUGAAACAAUCAAAUUUACCAUUCCAAACGACGUUUUAAUUCCUUUCAGUGCGCUGCCUUUGAAAAUAAAGUGUAGAAACUCACAGGCAAUUUAUUGGUUAUCUUUGUCAUCAGGCUAUUUCGCACCAAGAUCUAUCCCUCUUAUAGUUCCAACUAAAGGAAUGGAUGUAAUAUUCGACGGUGAUUCAUUUGGACUAUCAUCGAGUGAAAUCGACAACAUCACACUCAGCAAUGGUGCAAAACUCAUUGGAUGUCACCGACACCAAUACUUUAUGGAAUGUUCAGUACCUCCAGGAAUUGGUUCAAUCCUCUCUGUAACCGUAAAUAUCAAAUCAGCUCUAUACAAUUUCAAUGAAAUUAAAUCACCAUCAAACUAUAUAUCCUAUGAGCACCCGUCGAUUGAAAAUUAUAUUAUGGAUAGUACAAAGAUUACAAUCAAAGGUAGAAACUUUGUUCCUGUUGGAGUUUCACCUUUGGCAUCAAAUAUAUAUUUUAGCAAUACCCAAACCAAUUGGAUGAUAUGUCAAAAUACUACGUUUGUUGAUGAUCAAACAAUGGUUUGUAAUCAAAUUCCAACACUCGAUUACCAAACUCAAUUCAAUACCUAUGUGAACGUAGGUGGUCAAACUUCAAACAUCAUCUCAGGAAAAGUUACAUUUGUCCAAGGAUAUGUUUAUUUGGACUCUAAUUUCAACAAUGCCAAAGAUUCCAAUGAACAGAUAUUUACAAAUUGCAGAGUUACACUAUCGAUCGAUUCGAUUGACAAAUACGUUGCAUCCUGUGACACCAAAGGAUAUUAUUUUUUUACUUCAAUUACCCCUGGAAUAUAUGAAUUAUCAGCGAGCAUUAACAGCGCAACCAAAUAUUUCAUUAUUAUAUCAACUUCAAUGCUAAAUGUUUCCCAAUCACAGUUCAUUCAACAGGAUAUAGGUGCAGUUGAAGAUACUGGAUAUAAUUGCUAUGCAACUUUUAAUUCAUUGACAUCACCUUAUAAAUUGACGUUACCUUAUGGUGCAUAUGAUCUCUCCUAUUAUGAAUGGUGUAGUGGUUUAGAUGUUUGUAAAUACACAAUUUCAAAUGUCGUAAUGAGUAGUUCUGAUUGUACUUGGAAUAUUCUUUCCAAUUCAAAAAUAUCAAUUACUUAUUCAUCUACGAUAACAUUGAAUUUUAAGAGAGAUAAUUUGGUACCACCAGGUUUUGAUUCGACUCCAUUUAGUGAUUCAUCUAUUUCAGCAGAGAUCAGAUUCUCUUUCUAUCAGAAACAAUACAUCUUCAAACAAUACAACCAGGAUUCUCAAAUUAUCUUUAGAGUUCCAGUAGUCAAGUCAAUGGUGAAUAUUCAAACUGCCAAUCAAACACAAAUUUCAGUACUCAACAACUUUGCAAUAACAGCUCCCAGCACAAUGACAAUUCCUAUAUUCAUUUGGAAAAAUACACAAAUUUUACCAGUGGUUUUAUAUGAUAAAUCCAAUGGACAAGGUUCUACACUAACACUCCCACCUGGUUAUCAUAAUGAAUAUACACUCAAUCAUCUUUCCUGGGUAUCAAGGGCAAUGUCAAUCUCGAUCCCUCCUCAAUAUCUUGUCCACAUAGAUCACGACAUUGUUACUGGUGUUCCAACAAUCUCUUAUUCUGGGGAUCCCUCAACACAAUUUGUCAAUUUUAUCAAUGUAAUAAGUAAAACUAUUGAAAUUUCAUAUAAAUCAAUGUUUGACAGAUUAAGUUUUACAGGUGGAUACCACUCGUUCCUUAAUACCUAUAUUGAUCAAACAUUGAUCCAAUUUUUAAUUGGUGAUGAUCAGUUAAUGUGUACAAAUACACAGUGUUAUUUCACAUCAGAUGUUGGACCAAACGUUGUGAAUAUCAAGUACAAUGGAAUUAAAAUUUACACCAAUUACACAGUAACUUAUACAAGUCCUUACGGAGAUCUUAAUCAAUACCCAUACCUCGACACAAAGAAUGCUACCAAGGACAGAUUGAAAAUUAAUCAGUACCUACAAGUCAAAAAUGGAUCCACUGUUAUUUCACAGAUUUCAUUUGAUUCAAACGGUUUGUCGGUAAUAUCAGUAGGUAGUGCUUUACUAAGAAUUACACCAUUGAUGUACUCAAGUUCAUCAUGCAUCGGUGAAGAUCAACUGGUAUUCAGAGAUGGUGUACUAUGUAUUUUCACAGUUAGAAACAACCAACAAUAUUGUACGAGAUGGUGUCUGAAUAAUGAAAAUCUCAAGGCCAGAUAUCUAAGAUUACUACCAUAUGGAAUCGUUCUCCAAAAUGAACAAAUGGAAGUGAUCUAUGUAAAAUAUCAAGCGGAUAACAUAGCCAGUGUUGUCAGCCAAGAUUAUAAGAGAAGAUUUAUCAAUCCAAGAGUUUAUUCUACCGUUCAAUUGGAUAACCAAAAUCCCAACAACAAUACGCUUUAUGCCUAUGGAUCGGGAAGUCCAUCAGUUCUCACCAAUGGAAUACACUACAUGAUAUUGGACGCCUCGUUUUGCCAACUUAGAAUUUAUAGUGAUAUGAAAUUUGGAGUGGGAUCACAACUAUUGUUUAUAUCAAGCUAUGUUGUUGCACCGGGAGUUCCAACAACCAAUUGCAAAUUGAAUUUCGGUUUGGAUGGAAAUCUUUGUGCUACGACACCCGAUGCCACUAAAAUAGUGUGGUGUGCAUACACUCAGCAACUUGGUGGUCGGUACUUUGGAUUGCCACCCGCAUACACUUCAUCUCAAAUCGGAUUCUACAUGACCAACUCCAAAGGUAGAAUGGUAUAUGGAAGAUUUGCUAAUCUAAUGGAGACAUCGGAAUUGAAAAUGAUUCCAGGAAGUUUCAUUGUCGAGUCCACCCAAGAGUUUUAUCCAGACAUCGAAGACAGAAAGAUCAAUGUAGGUGCGUUUAUAACGAAUGGAGAGUCUUAUCUCAGACUUGAAAGCAAUGGUCAACUUAAACUCUACGACUCCAAUCCCUACAAUACUAUUGGUUCACCGCUACCAAAGGUAAUGUGGAGUUCAUUUGUAGCGUUUUCAGCACCAUACAACGGUCCUAUGUACGCCGAAUUGAGAUUAUCAUCAAUCACUAUUUGUACUCCAACUUCAACGUUUUCCGGUGGUAAACUGGCAGUAACCAAUGCCUUUGCUUCAGUGCUGCAUUUAAGUUGGAUGGCAAUGAACAAAGAGAAUGACUGGGGACUUUUAUUCCUAAGUAGUGAAACCAAGAUUAUCAGUGGUCAUCUUCCAAUACCUGGUCAAAUUAACAACUUUAUCCCGGUCAAUACUAUAACAAAAGAUUCGUUUGAAAACGAUUACGUUAGAUUCAGAUUAAAUAGCCAACCAGGAAUAAUCGAUCUUUAUCACCUCCAAACCAAUUUAGUUGUUUGGUCAAGUCUUACCACCAACAUUCCAGCGAGAUCAUCGUGCGCCAAUUAUAAAUCAGACUUUUUAAACAACUCUACACUCCCACAACUCUGUCUCUACACUUCGAUAGGAUCACCCGUCAACUGUAACUACUCGGGAGCCUACUGGUGCCAACAAUUCUCACUAGGUACAACAUACCUUCAAACAGCUUCAUCCAUUCCCGAACUAAUAGCAACAAAAGAUGACGGAAGAAUAACAUGGACUGCCAACUCUAUAAAAUACGCUAAACUGACAAAAUAG